CGUUUGUCGCUUUUGGUUUCGAAGGUGACACACGUACGUGCUGAGCCCGGGACGCGGCCGGGGCCGGCAGUGCGGGUGGUCACCACGAAAACGCGGGGUGGUACCGGCAGCUCUGGGUGACCGGACCUUGGGUGCUGCCCGAGAGUCUCGCAGAGUGUGUUAAAAGGACUUAAAAUGGCAGCAGAAGAUUCCUAUAUUAUGGGAGUAAAUGAUCCCCAAAUGUUUGCAGUGGAUCAGUUCAUGGGAAUGAAUGCUUUAUUUAACAGUACCAAUUACAUCACUGCAGACUUACCACUACGAACAGCAGAUGGACCAUAUCUUCAAAUCAUAGAACAGCCAAAACAGAGGGGAUUUCGUUUCCGAUACGUGUGUGAAGGACCUUCGCACGGUGGACUUCCUGGUGCUUCUAGUGAAAAGAACAAAAAAUCAUACCCUCAGGUCAAAAUCUGCAAUUAUGUUGGACCUGCAAAAGUAAUUGUCCAAUUAGUAACUAACGGGAAAUAUGUCCACUUGCACGCUCACAGCCUGGUGGGUAAAUUCUGUGAAGACGGAGUGUGCACGGUUCUCGCAGGACCCAAGGACAUGGUGGUGGGGUUUGCAAAUCUUGGAAUCCUUCAUGUCACGAAGAAGAAAGUGUUUGAAACUCUGGAAACACGCAUGAUAGAUGCUUGCAAGAAGGGAUACAACCCAGGACUCCUGGUGCAUCCAGAACUCAGCUAUCUUCAGGCAGAAGGCUGUGAAGACAGGCAGCUAACUGAACGGGAGAGGGAAAUCAUCCGCCAGGCAGCCAUCCAGCAGACCAAGGAGAUGGAUCUCAGCGUGGUGCGGCUCAUGUUCACGGCCUUCCUUCCCGACAGCAACGGCAGCUUCACACGCAAGCUGGAUCCCGUCAUAUCCGAUGCAAUAUAUGACAGCAAAGCUCCCAAUGCCUCCAACCUAAAAAUUGUAAGAAUGGACAGAACAGCAGGGUGUGUGACAGGAGGGGAAGAGAUUUACCUGCUCUGUGACAAGGUUCAGAAAGAUGAUAUUCAGAUACGUUUCUAUGAAGAGGAUGAGAAUGGUGGUAUGUGGGAAGGCUUUGGAGAUUUCUCUCCUACAGAUGUACAUAGACAGUUUGCUAUUGUGUUCAAAACACCCAAAUACCGAGAUGUCAAUAUCACAAAGCCAGCAUCUGUAUUUGUACAACUGCGUAGGAAAUCUGAUCUAGAAACAAGCGAACCAAAGCCUUUUCUCUACUAUCCAGAAAUCAAAGAUAAAGAAGAAGUGCAAAGGAAACGGCAGAAGCUCAUGCCCAACUUCUCCGAUGGCUAUGGUGGGGGCAGUGGCACUGGAGGUGGUGGCAUGUAUGGAGGGGCAGGUGGUGGUGCUGGCUCUGGGUUCAGUUUUCCUUCAUAUGGAUACUCUGCUUUUGGAGGGAUGCAUUUCCCUGGUGCAACAAAGUCCAGUGCUGGCAUGAAACAUGAAGGUCUAUCAAAUUACACAGCUGAACAAGACAGAAAGAGCUGUGAUAAACAAAAUGACCAAUGGGGCAUGAAAUGUGAUGUGAAGAUGGAAGCUGUGGAGAGCAGUGAGUGCAGAACAUCUGCUGUUCAUGAGAAAAAGGAGGAUUCUGGUUUUUCCUGUAAGACUGAAGUGAGCGAAGCAGAUUGCAGGUGGCAGGAUGCCCUGUUCCUGGAGAAGGCCCUGCAGCUUGCCAGGCGCCAUUGCAAUGCUCUCUUCGAUUACGCCGUAACUGGAGACGUGAAGGUUCUGCUGGCGGCUCAGCGCCAUCUCACCGCUGUCCAGGAUGACAAUGGGGACAAUGUCCUUCAUUUAGCAAUUAUCCACCUUCAUACUGAGCUGGUGAAAAACCUCUUGGAAGUGAUGCCCCGUUUGAAUUACAAUGACAUCAUUAACAUGAGAAAUGACCUCUAUCAGACCCCCCUGCACCUGGCAGUAAUCACAAAGCAGGCAAAGGUGGUGGAAGACUUGCUGAAGGCUGGAGCAGAUGUCAGCCUUCUGGAUCGCCAUGGCAAUUCUGUCCUACAUUUAGCUGCUACUGAAGGAGAUGACAAGAUUUUGAGUCUACUCCUCAGGCAUGAGAAGGUAUCUCCCAUGGUCAACCUCCCCAAUGCUGAAGGUCUCAGUGCAAUUCACAUGGUGGUGACGGCAAAUAGCAUGUCCUGCCUCAAACAGCUGAUUGCUGCCGGAGUUAACGUCAAUGCUCAGGAACAAAAAUCUGGACGAACUGCAUUGCAUUUGGCUGUUGAACAAGAGAACAUCCCCUUGGCAGGCUGCCUUUUGCUUGAGGGUGAUGCAGAUGUGGACAGCACAACAUAUGAUGGGACAACUCCACUUCACAUAGCAGCUGGAAGGGGCUCCACAAAAUUGGCAGCAGUUCUCAAAGCAGCAGGUGCCAAUCCUCACAUUGAGAACUUUGAGCCAUUGUUUGAUCUAGACUAUGUGAAAGAUGAAGAUGAUGAUGAAGGGAUUGUGCCUGGAACAACACCAUUGGAUAUGGCAGCCACGUGUGAGGUGUAUGACAUAUUAAAUGGCAAACCCUACGAGUCAGCAGAGGUUCUGGAGGACUUACUCACACAAGGACACUUGAGAGAGCUGAAUGAGAAUUCCAAGAUGCAGCUUUACAAACUAUUGGAAUUGCCUGAUCCAACCAAAAACUGGUCCACCCUAGCACAAAAACUGGGUCUUGGCAUACUUAAUAAUGCCUUCAGGUUGAGCCCUUCCCCAUCGAAGACCCUGCUGGAUAACUAUGAGGUGUCUGGUGGUACAGUUCAAGAGCUGAUCGCUGCUUUGAGACAGAUGGAUCACACAGAAGCCAUAGAAAUAAUUCAGGAAGCACUGUCCAUCUCACGCAGACCGCCUCCCCUGGAGGACAGCACAGCAAAAGCUCUUCCAUUAUCAUCACCACUCACCUUUGCAAAUGGAGAGACAGGUGAGCUCUACAACAGCAGAUUCCAAGACCCUGAAAGUGUGUGUGACAGUGGUGUGGAGACCUCCUUCCGCAAGCUGAGCUUCACCUAUUCAGACUCUCUGAGCAGCAAGUCCUCACUAACACUUGGCAAAAUGGCCCUGGGCUGUGGACAUCAAAGCUCAGGGCAAAGCAAUUACAUAGCUGACUAGUGAUCUUCAGUUACAGGAAGAAAUGGGACAUUUCAAAUUACGUCAGUGUCAUCCUGGCCAGAGGGAAGGGAACUCACAACCAAAAGUACACUGGAAGAAUCUCACCUGAACCCAAACAAAUGGCAACUGCAGCGUGUGACUUCUAGGCACUGCUUCCUUCCUCAAGUACAUUUAAUUGUGUUCAUUUACAAGCCAUUUACAACAACCAGGGCUCCACUGCUGCAUUAAUACAGAGGUCUGGAUGUUGUCAAAGACUUACUGAACUUCCCUGGUCUGUGAGGAUUUUCUUUUACAAAUGAAAAAGAAGUUGUUAAUGCAUAAUACAAACUUACUAAAGAGGUUAAGCACAGGAACAAUCAGAGGAUACAGUUUCUAGCUGCUCUCUUCAUAAUUAUUGCAGCACAGUUGCAUGCAAACAGCUUAUAAAA